UAUACAUACAACUAAUGGUAGAAUUGAAUGAGUUUGAAGCCACUAAUCCGGUUCAGGUAGGCUACUAUGAUCCGUUCAAUUUGUUUGGCACUUUCAAAUCAGAAUUCGAAUCCAAAUUGCCCCUAACUAAUUUGCAUUGGAAGUUUCAUGCUUCUAAACCUCAGAAGUCAAUAGCAUCAUUACCAAUACAAUUAGUUGAGGAAAUACCGAAAACUAAUGAUAUACCAAAUUGCAAUGUUUAUUUAAGAUUAAUGAUAAUUAAAGUAGAUAAUAUUGAUUUUUAUAGAUCUCAAGUUCGACCUUUAAUUAAAGAAUGGUUAAAGAAUUUAGUACUAGAUAAAUUAGUAGAAUGGAUGAUAAUACUAUAUAUUCCUUCAACUACUAAGGAUAAACAUAGUACAUUAAUGAAAACUUCAAGUUUUGAUAAAUUAAAGAUAGACUUUGGAUAUAAUGGUAAAGAAUGGCAAAAUAUUGCAAAGACUCCUGUUUAUGAUUCAAGUGAUGAUUCAGCUAAAUUUCUUAAAGUAAAGGAAGAUGAGUCGGAGAAUUCUCAAGUAUAUAACGAUUUGGAAUUGAAACUUAAACAACUACUUAUUGGGUCAUUUGAUAAACGAUUUCAAUCCAUUAAUAAGCAACUUAAUAACCUCAAAUCUGAUCCUUAUCAGACCUUUACAUACUCCUUGGAUCUAGCUAAUUUACUUUAUGAUAUGAGACUUUAUCAAGAUUCAUUAGAUAUAUAUCAAGCACAAGACCCAUCCGUUUUAGCCGAACAAGCCAUAGAUUAUUCCAUUCUAAACUUACCUGAUUCGUAUGAAAAUUAUAAAUUUGAUGUUCAUAUAAAACCAGCAGUAAGUCAAGAGUCCAUUAACUUAUUUUCCUUAAAGCAGAAGUUAUUUGCAAACCAAACUGUGAUCUUACAACAUUUGGCAUAUAGUGCAACUACAAGAUCCAUAUCAGCAUUGUUUGUCACAAGCUUAUAUCAAAAGCUCGUAUAUUACAUUAAUGAUGUUAAUAACACAUUUAAAGCAGCAUCAUUAAAUGAAUAUAGUAUAGCAUUAAUAGAAUAUUAUCUUGAUAUUCCAGUGUCGAAAAGUCUGAUGGAGGUUCAAGAUAAUACAGAAGAUGAACCAAUUUCAUUGAGUGAAAUAUAUGAAUUCCGAGGAGAACUUAAGCUACUACUUCGAACUGCCAUAACAAAUCUAGCAGCUCAAAGAGGCUAUAAAUUAAUCCUGACUGGGAUUCUUGAAGAAGUUUCAUUAAAUGAUGAUAAUGAGACUCGUAAAGAUGAUGAGUCUGUAGUUAAAUCACCAAAAUUGACAGAAAUAUUAUCUACUGAAGGUAAUUUCCAUAACUAUUUUGAAAAAUUAACUGAAUUGGUCAUUGAAGAUUUUUCCAAAUGUACUCGAUCUAAAUCUAUUGAUAUCUUAAGUAUCGAUCUAGCACUAUUGAAAUAUCAAAGAGAAGAAUUCUUGGAAUCACUUGAAAUUUUGGAGGAAUCCUUUGAAGUUUAUAUUUCCAAUGGAUGGAACUAUAUGGGCAGUUUCUUAUUGGAUGUAUAUCUUAACUGUUUGAAUAAAACAAGACUGGAUGAUUAUCAAGGUAUGAUAUUUACCGGUCUUAGGCUUCUUUCAUGCUUGAAAGCAAAUACCUAUACCCAAAUUGGAAUUAAUAAUUAUUCCCUUUUAAUGCAUUCUAAGAAACUUGAGGGAUUAAUUGGUAAUAUCUUACACAAUUGUCUUUCUCAAGAUGAGUUAAUUGACUAUCCUCUUGAAAACUUAUUUAGUAUAGACCUAUUACCAUAUAUUUAUGCCGAUGAUUCAACUUUGAACUCAACUUAUUAUAUUGAGAUUGAAUUCUGGAAUAGCUUUCAGAUACCUUUUACUUUUCAAAACAUUACCUUAAAUUUAGAAGGUGAGUUAGGUGAUAAAGUGAUAUUUUCUACUAAUGAAGUUAAGUUUGAGUCUAAUGGAUCUCAGAAAAUAAGAUUAUAUUCCAAUUCAUUUGUUCUGGGAAAUGUUAUACCAAGAACUAUAAGGAUUAGAUUAAAUGAGAAUCUUGAACUUCUGCAAGAAUUUGGUGCAUUGGUUGAUAAUGCUGUAGCUGAUCUUACAGUAAUUCAUACUGGAAAUUCACGAACUAAACCAGGUGCCAGUCAGAAAGUCCCUAAAAUAUUUUACUAUCAGAAUGUACAUAAACUAUGGUGUGAGUUUGUCAGUAGUAAAAAUAUAGAAUUAGGUAGUACAGAAGUAGUACUUCGAAUUCAUAAUGGUCAAAAUGAUGUUAAAAAUGUAUCAAUUGAUUUGAUUCCUAGAUCUGUUGGUCUAUCUUUAGAUUUGAAGGGAGUUAAAGUUCAAUUUGAAACUUUAGAAUCUCUUUCAAUUCAAGAUAUUUCCUUCCCUGUCAAGUAUUUUGGAGAGAAGAAAGUUGUUGAUUUUACAGCCAAGGUUUCUUAUGAAAUAGAUUCAGAAAUUUAUAGUCAUAUUUUUACAGCAGGUAUUGAUACUACACUUACUAUUGCAGUAUCAGUACAAGAUAUAUUUAGACCAGAUUUUCUUUAUUCGAAUUUCCUGGUAGGAACUGCAUCUCCGAAAUUUCCUAUAAGAAUUAUCUCAAAAUCAUUGAGUAGCGAGAAUGAAAAUUAUGCUAUUUUAAAGCCAAAAUAUGGAUUUUCUCCAUUGAUUGCAUUUGGUGAACAACCAGCUAGUUUCUUUUUUAAAGUGGUACCUGAAUCAGGUUAUAUAAUUAAAUCAUCAGAUACUUUAGAUUUAGCCAUUGAAUUCUCUAACUUAAAGGAUGAGUGUUCUGCGAUUGUUCAGGAUUCCCUUUUAAAAAAGUUAAAGACAGUGCAUCUUGAGAAAUAUUGGUUUUUAUUAAAAUUAGUCAUUCUAGAUAAAUUGAAGUAUGAUUUAAAUAAUUAUGGAAUUAAUGACUUUGUACAGAUCCUCAAUAAUAAGGAAUUAUUAAUUUUGGCUGAAAAAAUUAUACUUCAACAUGUUGAAUUAAAAUCUGAUCAAGUUAAAUUAUUUGAGAUUAUUGAAAGCUUUUUGAAUAAUACCUUAGAAGUUGGAGAUUACAAUUAUAAUAGUGAAAUUCGUCGACUUCAUAUAUCUGUGGCUGUACCAUAUUUGAAAUAUUUACAUAUAAUUGAAGCUGAAUAUGAGAAAAAAUACAAGUAUGUAGUUGGAGAACCAAUUAAGCUUAAAGUUAAGAUCUUAACCGAAACCAAAUGGUACGGUAAUAAUUCAAUUAGUGGGAAUACCUCAGUUCUUGCUGAAUCUUCACCUUCACCUGAGGUUAUACCCAGCGUAAAAGAGAGUAUUCAACUUCAAAUUCAAAAUGAUGACAAUUGGUUAAUUUCAGGAUUUAAAAAAUUCCUGUUUGAUUUACAGACUGAUAGUAAUAAGGUUAAUGAAGUAGAAUUAGUGGUUAUUCCAUUAAAUAUCGGUAAAUUACUUCUACCAAAAUUUAUCAUAAAAUCAUCUCAUUCAGUACAUGAUGAUAGUUUAGGAACUUACCUAAAAAAUGGUCAAGAAACGUUACUAGUUGUGCCUGAACUUGAUAGUAUAACGUUUUCAUUUUAAAUAGAUAUAAAUAGCAUAGCAUAGCAUAGCAUAGCCUCAAAAAGUGCCGACAUUUUUGCAGCUGAAAAUGGCGCGGCCUGUAUAUAGCCUAGCAUAGCUCUCCAAAAAUGCCCUCGAUAUCAGGAUUAAAUUUAGAUUUUAGAUUCACGAUGGCAUCGGA